AUGCACCUUGGAAUAAGGAAUACUUGGAACAGAAUACUCCCUGUCAGACCCAGAGAAUGCAGAGGUUGCAGGGCAUCCUUGGACUCUGAGCACUGCCGGAUUGUCCCUGGUGAAGGGUGCUUACCUCCAGAGCUUGCUCCUCUGUGGCCACCCUUCCUCCCUGUAGAGCUGUCCUCAGGGACUCUUGAAUCUGGAGUAUGUUUGCCCAGAGUCUCAGAAGUGCAAGCUCCUCCGCCCCCACCCCUGCCACCAACACCACACCUUACUAUUCUAAAUACAUAUCUCAAGCCAAAGCUGCUAACGAGGUUGGAGAAAGAAACGGGUAAAAGGAAGACAGUGGUGGCGAUGAAGGAGCUGAGCCAGCAAAUCCAAGAAAAUAAAUGCCGGUGGGACAGGCUGCAGGACAGCAGGCAGCUACUAGAGGAAAAAUACCGCGUGCAGGCUGAAAACCAGCUUUUCAUGGAAUACCUGCGAAAAAAUAAGGAACAGCGGGAAAAGAAACAGGAGGUGGUGUGGAAGCAGUACGCCCAAGAAUGUGGCGAGAUAGAACAAAGGAGACAAGAAUUGGCAUCCAGAUUCAACUGGAAAAAUGCAGCUCUUCAAGACCAGCUCCUGCAGGGCAGAAAGACCCAGAAGGAUUUGAAGCAGCAGCUGCAGGCACUGGAGCCAGUUUACAAGGUAAAGGAGAGGCAGGACACGAAAAUACAGGCCUUAAAGAAGGAGCAAGAGAAAGUCCGAGAUGAGACUGCGGCCAAGGACCAGGAGGCACACUUCCGGUUCCUGCGGGAAAAGGCAGUGAUGGAGAAGGAGCUGGAAGAAUGGCACCUGAUGGAGCUGGGGCAGGUCAACACCAUGGGAGUUGUAAGAUUUGUGACCAAACUCUGGGGUCAAAACCUAAGAGUGCCAAACUAUGCCCCAGACUCCAAUGGCCUGGAGAUAGCCUGCAAGUGUGAGCUCAGCUUUUCUUCUUUGAAGAAAGUCAGAUUUGGUGUAGCACAGACACAGCACUACCUGCCCCAGAGACUAUUAAGCUUUAAUUGUUCAUUUGUGAAGUCUAAGGAGGUCGGCAGCAAAGGCUGGGCAGAAGGGUCAGGAUAUAAGAACGUGGCUUAG